CAUCGUCAUAUGGUUUUGUGAUGUUUUGUGUUAAAAUUGACACUGCAAGGACGUCAAGGAUAUUCUUGUUUUUCUCGUUUCCCAUAUUUUAAACGAAAUGACGUGAUUAAUCAAUAAAAUAUUCUAGUAAAUGGUGACGUUAAUUUGCUUCUAGUUUAUCAAAGAACCUCAUAUGCCGCGAAUUUGUAGAAAAAUGGACGAAAACAGCGACUUCAGCGGAGAAGUUACCGUUGUAGAUGUUUAUGACAUUGCUUCUGAUAUUGGGAAGGAAUGUGAGAAGAUAAUAGAUUUGUACGGCGCUGAUGCUGUUACAGCUUUAAUGCCCAAAGUGAUAAAUGCAUUGGAGCAGCUGGAAAAUCUGGCUACUAAGAACGAGAGGGAAAACACCUUAUUGCAUGAAUUACAAUCCAAGAUAGCACAGCUGGAAAACGAUAAAUUAGAGAAAGCUGAAUACCGAAAAAAAUUCGAGAGGGAGUUAGAGGCUAUAGAAGAUCAAUGGCGGUCAGAGACCAAAGAUCUGAUAUCAUUAGUAUCAAGACUACAAGAAGAAAAUCGUCGUCUUUUAAAAGAACAGAGCCCUGAAAUGACACCUACACAGUUACCUGCAACACCUGAUGGUGAUAUGCUGCAGAAACUGAAACAGAGCAUUGAAAGGCAAAGAGAUGAGAUACGCUUUAAGGAAAAGCUUUUGCAGGAAAAGAACUCUGAUGUUGACAAUUUGAGAACCCAAGUUGAGCGCCUAAGCACGUCAAGCAGGGAGCUGCGUCGCAAGCACAAGUCAAUGCAAGCUCAAGUACGAACAUUGUGCGAUGAAAGAGCAGAUUUUUUGGUGCAACUGCAAGAUCAGCAAAGAGACAUAUCUGCUUUGAGGCAGAGGUUGGGACUUGCUCAAAAGGAAAAUGAAGAUUUGGUUAAGUGUGAUCUUCCGAUACCGAGCAAUAAGGCUGUAUACGACUUAGAUGACCCGAACAGACCUCGAUUCACGACUCAAGAGCUCAAGGACAUCUUACAUGAACGCAACGAACUCAAGGCGAGAGUCAGCGAUUUAGAGGACGAGCUGGAGACAUACAGGCCUAAGAACAAAGCUGAAACUUUGAAGAAGCUUGUACCUAUGAUAGAUAAAAUAGAAAUAGCAUGUGAUAAGUUAUUGAGCACAAAUAAAACAGCGGCACAACCUGCUCUUUCGCCAGUAGUUGAUUUGUCACCUCUGGACGAGGAUGCUCCUGUACAAGGACCACUGCCAUAUGAACCGGACGAUGCUCCGUGGAAAAAGUCUGAAUCCGGAAUUAGAAAGUUUUUUCGGAAGCUGUUUUCGGAGACAGGUGGCCCGAGCAGUUUUCCUAAACGUAGUCUCUCCACCCUGUCUAAGAUGGCUUUGUCUUCGACUAGUGAACCCACGCCUGUGUAAGAUGGUACCCGGUGCGGCCUGGUGGUCGCUCGAUGAGAUCGUAUGGCGCACUCUAUCGGUUAACGACCUCGGAUACGUUCACCAUUGCAUGUAAUUUGUCUCUCUAUUGGACACGAUGAAGAAGGUGCUGAAUGUAUGAAACACAAAAACAAAAUCGGAAUAAUAUCAUUUGGACCCUUUAACAUAGCGACAUACCAUACACUAUUCAAAUCUCAUUUAGACCGCAUCAAGGUGGCACGUUCCAUUUUUUUUGAUUUUUUUCAACUACCUGUUUGCUGCAAUCUUGUUCAUCUGAUAAUUUCAUGGUAUGUAUAUAUAAUUUUUUAAUUUUUUUUGUCAAAAAUGCAUUUUUUGUGCAUUUUAUUGGGCAUUUUUCCUUCAAUCGGAACUUGUUAACUGAUAUAAGUAUAGCUCUGAAAUUGUGUGUGAAUAUUCCUCUUUUAUGGAAGAAUGAAACAAGAUAUUACAUUUGUUCUUAUCACGUUUCCUCUUCGAAAAGACUUCGAUUUUCUUGAAGCCUCGUCUUGCAGCAGGUUGAGUCUUCAAGAAAAGCAAAGAUUUUUCGAAGAGAAAAAGCGAUGAGAAUAAAAAUAAUCUCUUGUUUCAUUCAUCCAUAAAAGUGGAAUAUUCACAUACAAUUUCAGAGCUGUACCUAAUAUUUUGUUACGGUAGAAGUAAAAAUCCACGAUAAAAUGAACAAAAAAUGCAAUUUUAUGACAAAACAAAAUUAAAAACGAUGUUUUUUAGUCAUCUCUGAUGAAGUAAUCAGAUGAAAAGGAUUUAGAUUACUGAUGCAAACAGGUAGUUGAAAAAAAACGAAAUAGGGACGUGAGGCCUUAAAACAAACACUAUUGCGUGAUCUUCAAUUGCUCGGGCUCCUAUUGGUGAGCGAAUCAUAAAUGCCUUCGUAGCCAUAUGCGAGAAGGAGCGCGACAAUUUAGUGAUCAAGUUCUCGUGUUUAUUUUGACGCCAUGUUUGAAUACGAUGUGUAUAUCUGUAUUAUCAAAGUAAAAACGAGUUCUGUUUCUGGCCAAACCUAUCAUUUUGGCAGAUCGCUUAACUUGUGUGCAAAAUUCAGUACUUUUCACAUUAUGUUUUAAUAUCAUUGGUGGAGGCAGUAGGGGAAGAAUUACAUUAAAAAAAGUGAAAUCUGUAUUAAACACAAAAAUAAUCUCUGCUAAGCUAAAAGAGGGUAACUGACAAAAUUAUGAGAAAAAUCCAAUAGAAAAGCUGAACGAUAUGUUACACAACCGUUCAUGUAUGGUGCUUUUAAUCAUUAAUAAACGUAAGAUAGCCAACCUGAUACUACAUUCCUGCGUAUAAAAAAAUAUGCGAGCUGAAAUGUCAGAUAGAGUAGCGUCAUCUACGACAAUUUAUUACAGCAAUGUUUCCCCUCUCCGCAGUAAUUAGAAACCCACUUAGUGUCUCAUAGAUGUCGCUGUAGCCAAAUAUAUUCUAUAUGCCAAUAUAGUUGGCUGCAGCGCCAUCUAUGAGACAAGUAAAUUGCUAAUUAUUGCGGAGAGGAUAAAUAUAAAAAUAGAUGACGCUACAAUAUCUCAUUUUAUCUCGUAUAAUUUUUUCUAUGCGAGAAUAUGGUAUUAGGUUGAAGAUCAGGACGCAUAUCAAUUUGACGUUGCAUGGAUGGUAAAUGUGCAUCGUCGAGAACGUGUUUCAAUAAGUACGGUGACGCCGAAGUUCAGUGUUAUGAUCGCAAUGUUAAGCUCUCCCUUUACAAUUUGCUCCAUCAUCCUAAAGUCGCAACCAUCACCAAAAAUUCUUGCAUGUUUCUGCCUCACUCCAAAAUCGAUCGGUUUAUUACAUUUGGAGCAGGUGUGGAUGGUUCUAUAAAAAUAGGGAACCUGAGAAAUGGAGUGAUGUAACAUCAAGCUGUUUUAGUGGCCGUGAAUGAUGACCUUUAUAAUUUUGCAGAAUAUAAAAACUCACUAUUGGGUGCCAUACAAUAUAAUAUAACCAUAUGCAGAUUUCACUUUUUGCAAAGUGUUUGUAAGUUAGCACUAUUCUAAUACCAGUAGGUUAUCUGAAUUACCAUAUCAUGGUAGGUGGUACUAUCUUUUUAAUACAGAAAAAGCCAACGAUAUACUUACAGUGUGAUGCUUUUUAAAAUUAUACCAAAUAGUAAUUCCCAAUUAACAAAUAUUUGUGUAUUUAUGUUAGUCAUUAUUCUUUAAAUACGUAGAUGUGUUGAUUAUAAAAUAUGAAUUACAGUAAACAAAAAUUGUUGAAAGCAUGGAAAUAUUUUAAUAGUAUUAAACAUAUAUAGAAAAGUUGAUAUUUAGUCUUGUGAUGGGCACAAUAUGACAACAGUCGAUUAGCUUAUAUUCUUUUUUUACAUUUUUAUAUGUUUUGUAAUGUUGGUACUGUGAUAACUAAUACCAUUCUUGUUUUUUAUGCAUUUAUCUUCGUGCCAAGAUUGAUUUCUAUAAAUUAGACAAUCUGGAUUAUAUUUCGCACCAAUCUUCCAAAUUCACAAAAAUAUCAUUUGUCGGAAGAAUUGCGCUAUUAGACAAACUUUUAGUAAUGUGCUCGCAUAUUUUUAACCUCGUUUCAUAGUGAAGGUUGUCUCAAUAAGAGCGCCGGAUUUGAUUUUCAAGAAAAACGCAAUGUUUAUUCUAAUUAAGUAAGUAUUUAUAUUUCAACAUGAAGAGGAAUAGUUGCGAUUAAACAUGAAAUAGGGCAUCUGGCAAAUGGCCACCACGAAACUGCUGGCGCGGGGUCAGUCUUUUCUUAAAAUUCUGGAUAACGUUUUCGCAUAACUGUGGCUGUAUUUCGUGGAUAACGAGUAUUUUCUUUAAGGCGUUCAACUGUUCGCUUACUCUUUUUCCUUCACAUAGCCCCAGACGAAGAAGUCCAUUGGCUUUAGAUCGCGCGAUCUUGGUGAUCAAUGUUGUUCGCUAAACCGAGAGAUGACACGGUCUGUAAACUUGGUCCACAGUAACACCAUUGUCUCGCGUGCUGUGGCAGGUCGCACCGCCUUGUUGGAAGAACGUAUCCUCUACAUCAAUUCGAUCCAACUGAGGCCACAAAACCUCGGUUAACAUUUCGCGAUACCGCAUACCAUUAACAGUUUUCAGAACCCCAAAUUCGGCAGUUCUGCUUAAUGACGUACCCGUUCAGUUAAAAAUGUACCUCAUCAGAGAAAAUCAAUUUGGUGGUGCUCCAGCACCCAAUCAACGAAUUCUCGACGCUGCGCAUGAUCCAUUGGCUUGAGUUGUUGCGUCAGUUGAACCUUGUACACAGAUCUUUUGUCAAAAUUUGUUGCAGAGUGAGUCUGGUAAGGUUCAAUUCUUGGCCACAAAUGGAAGUGCCUGGAUUCUCGCCACACUUUUUGGCACUGCAACUAUAUUUUCGAGGGACCGACCAGGACGAGGUCUUCACAUUCAGCAACGUGAAUUUUGUCUCAAAUUUUUUGUAAUGAAACGGCGAACUGUCAACUUAUUUGGCGCAUAAUUGCGACCGAAAAUUGUACGUAAUUUGCGAACUGUUUCCGCGCAAUUUUCUCCAUUUUUGUAGUUUUCACAAUAAUUAAACGUUGCCCGUUUGAAUACUGCUUCAUGACGUCUAAUUGCGUGGUCUGGACAUGGCAGCUGUCAUCAAGUAAACACCAUACCGUUUGUACAAAAAAAUGGCGGCAAAUUCAAAUCCGGCGCUCUUGUUGAGACACCCUUCAUGAUCGAAUUGACUAUUGUAAUUCUUUCCUUUAAAGGCUUCAGUUUGAUAAAAAAUCCUCACAAAGCUUGCACAAAUUUAAAAGCCGACAUAAUUUGACACACAUCUAGUUAAAUGUAAAAAUUUGCCAUCUCCAGUGAUUUUUUUCUUAGAAUCAUUGAAUAAAGACGGUUAAUAAGGCAAUCUUAUAAAAAUAUGUGAGAAAUUAUUAGCAGUCUAUUUCAUAUAUAUUUUUUUCUGUUAAAAGUGACUUAAAUAUACUUUUGGGUGAGAAUCGAUUUACGCUAUUAUUUAAAUUAUUGAUCGUUAUUAUGAGCAUAUCCAGUUUGUUUACAUUUUUCGAUAGCGCAAAUAUGAUUUUUCUUUAACUAAUUCUAUCCGACAAGAUGUGAUACAACACCGAUAUAGAUGAUGUUUAGAAUUGUCACCAUGCAUGCCUAGAUGCACCAUGAUGUUAAGGAUUUAAGAAACUGUAGGAAGAAGUGCCAAAAUAAAAGGUAGAUGAUAAAGAUA